AUGCCACCGUCAAAUGCAACGCAAAACAGCCAACCGGGCAAACUUGCAAGCCCCGUCAAACAUUACCACGAGAGACGCAGCUCAUUCGCUGUAGGAAUCUGGAUUCUUUCUAUCCUAGUUCUCGGCCUGGCUGCUGCAGUGGUUGCGAAAGCUCCUGCUAGCCCUCUGCGAUCUUCAGCUUCCUACAAUGUCGCAGUGGCAUCGCUCCAAUUUUUCCUCUUCUUCCUCGCCGGCUCAAAGCCGGUAUCGACAACCGAUGCACGGCCACCCAAGGCAGGGACUAUCACGCUAGUGAUUUCCACACUCAUCUGGGCCGCCGCCUUCCCCAUCAUGUUCAUCUUCGCUAGCGAGGAUGAUCGCUAUGCGGUGGUGGAUUUCGACAAGCGUGUUCUGGCUCUAGAUAUAGGGACGGGCGUUGUCAGUGGACUGGAGAACAUUACCUUGGCAUGCGGAGCUUUUGGAGCUUCGAUAUUCUUAUGUAUCAUAUUUCAGUGGUAUUAUACUGCCCAGCUAUACCGAGGCCACUUCACUCGCGACCAUAUUGAAGCGGCGUAUAACGACUAG